CAUCGGGGCGCGGCGGUGACGCCAUCGGGGCGCGCGGCGGCAUGGCGGCGUUCCGGGCGCUCGGGCUGGCGCCGUGGCUGGCGGAGCAGGCGCGGCAGGUGGGGCUGCUGCGGCCCACGCCCGUGCAGGCCGCCUGCAUCCCGGCCGUGCUGCAGGGCCGGGACUGCCUGGGCUGUGCCCAGACGGGCAGCGGGAAGACGGCGGCGUUCGUGCUGCCGGUGCUGCACGCGCUGGCCCAGGAGCCCUGCGGCCCCUUCUGCCUCGUGCUCACCCCCACCCGGGAGCUGGCGUACCAGAUCGCCGAGCAGUUCCGGGUGCUGGGCAAGCCCCUGGGCCUCAAGGACUGCGUGGUGGUGGGCGGCCUGGACAUGGUGUCCCAGGCGCUGGCGCUGGCCCGCCGGCCGCACGUGGUGGUGGCCACGCCGGGGCGCCUGGCGGAUCACCUGCGCAGCGGCACCGGCCUGGGCCUGGCCCGCCUCCGCUUCCUGGUGCUGGACGAGGCUGACCGCCUGCUGGAGCAGGGCAGUGCCGACUUCAGCGCCGACCUGGAGCUGAUCCUGGGCGCGGUGCCCGCGCGCCGCCAGACCCUGCUCUUCAGUGCCACCCUGACGGCCACGCUGAGCCAGCUGCGGGCCCUGGCUGCCAACAGCCCCUUCUGCUGGGAGGCCCCGGCCCCGGUGAGGACAGUGCAGGAGCUGGAGCAGAGGUACCUGCUGGUGCCCGAGGCGCUCAAGGACGCCCACCUGGUGCACCUGGUGCAGAGCUUCCAGGACCAGCACGAGGACUGGGCCAUCAUCAUCUUCACCAAGACCUGCAAGGACUGCCAGGUGCUGAACAUGAUGCUGAGGAGGUUCAGCUUCCCCUCUGUGGCCCUGCACUCCAUGAUGAAGCAGAAACAGAGAUUUGCAGCUCUGGCCAAGUUCAAGUCCAGCAUCUUCAAGAUCCUCAUUGCCACAGAUGUGGCUGCCAGAGGUUUGGACAUCCCUGCAGUCCAGGUUGUCAUCAACCACAACACCCCGGGGCUGCCCAAGAUCUACAUCCACCGCGUGGGGCGGACGGCGCGCGCGGGGAGGAAGGGCCUGGCCAUCACCCUGGUGACACAGUAUGACAUCCACCUGGUGCACGCCAUCGAGGAGGAGAUCAAGCUGCAGCUGAAGGAGUUCUCCGUGGAGGAGCAGCUGGUGCUGGACAUCCUGACCCAAGUGAACGUCACCAGGAGGGAGUGUGAGAUCGAGCUGGAGGGGAUGGACUUUGAUGAGAAGAAGGAAAUCAAUAAGAGGAAACAGAUGAUCCUGGAAGGGAAGUCCCCCGAGCUGGAGGCGCGCCGGCGGGCGGAGCUGGCGCGGAUCAGGAGCAGGAACAGGGAGUGCCGGGAGAGGCUGCAGCAGGGCCUGCACAGGAGGAGGCAGCUGCAGCUCAGCAGGAAACUGCACAGGAGGGAGGAGAGGAGGAAGAGGAAGAUGGAGAAGGAGAAGGAGCAGAAGGAGGAGCAGAAGGAGGAGCAGUGACGUGCCUGGGCCGGGCCUGGACUGCCCUGGAAUUGCUGCUUUGGGAAAACUGGGAUUGAACUCUUGGGUGUGGGGAAAAAAAUAAAAAAAUCUGUGCUGGGGAGAAGGGAAGAAUCCCAGAACCCUUGGGAUGGGGUUGGGAGGAGCUCAGGACUGCUGGGACAGUUCCUGCUGGGACAAUUCCUGCUGGGAUAAAUCCUGGGGCAAUCCCUGCUGGGAUAAAUCCUGCAGAGAUAAAUCCUGGGGCAGUCCCUGCUGGGACAAUCCCUGGAGCAGAUUCCUGCCCCUGGGUCCUGCUGGGGCAGUUCCUGUCCCUGUCCCUGGCCCUGCCAGGGCUGUGGCUGUGUCCCUGCUGAUCCCACUCUCACUCGUUGGGAUCAGCAGCUCCUGCCCUGAGCCAGAGCCUGAAAAUGCCCCUGAAAAUACCCGGGGUGAGCAGAGAGAGGCCUGGGUUGGGCUGGAAUUUGUGCACCAGGUGGGAGCUGUGUGAACAUGUAUGAACAUGUAUGAACAGUUCAGUAUGAACAGGCUGCUGCUGUGAAGGGUUAAUCCCAUUAGCCUCUGCCACCCCAAAUCCCCCUUUGUCACCCCAAAAUCCCCCUUUUCCUGCCCCAUUUCCUCCUCAAUCCCCCCAAAUCUCACCCCAAAACCGCCAAAUCCCCUUUUUGUUUGUCCUUCUUUGGGUUUAUUUCCCUCACAGAGAGGCAUCCCCAGGGGCUUUGGGGCAGGGAAGGGCUUUUAGGUCCUGGUAAAAAUCACUGAGAUCACCCAGCUUUUCUCCUUUUUUUUCUCCUUUUUUUCUCCUUUUUUUCUCCCUUUUCCCCCUUUUUUCUCCUUUUCUCCUCUUGGCUCUGCAGCACCUCUGAGAGGGUGGAAAUUCAAGUCCAGGGAGGGCAAUUCUGCCCUGGAGGAGGAGGAGUGUGAAAAACUCCAAUCGCUUGUUUUUAAAUUUUUAAAACUGUAAUAGUAAUAAAAUGGUUAUAAAAAUUGUAAUAUAAUUAGAGGGAUAAAGAUUUGAACAGUUGAGAUCAGGACAGUAUGAGACAAUAAAAACAAAGAGUUAGGGACAGGCUGUGUACCUCUUUGUGGGCAAAAUAAACCCAAAAAAGGACCCACAUUCACAGGAUUAACCCUUUAAAGCAGCAGCCUGUUGCUUAUUCAGACAGCUCAUCCAUGAUGCAUAAAUUCCAUUAAACACAGAAUUUCAGUGUCACCUUCUUCCUCUGAAUCCUGAAUUUUCAGAGCUGAGCAGGCAGGAAGAAGUUAAUUUCCUCUGAUAAUGGAGCAAUAAAUUCUUUUUCUCUGAAGGA